GGAGGUUGGUGGCACCUUAAUUGGGGAGGACGGGCUCGUGGUAAUGGCUGGAGAGGAAUGAGUAGAAUAGAGUAUCAAAUAGUAUCAAGUAGUAUCAAAUACUCCCCUCAGCAAUCUCCACUGAUUUAUAUAUCUAUAUCUAUCUCGAUCUAAUCAGAAAAUAAUAUUUACUUUAUUGCCUCAGCAUAAUAGAAGGAACGAAAAAAAAAAAAAAACAUAAUGUCGGAGUUUUAGUCCAGUCGUCCUUAUUCAGGCCUAAGCAAUCGUUCCCGAAUGAAUCGAUUUGAAGAGGAGUAGGCUGGGAAAGAUGGCAUCUUCUGAACAACCUGAUCCGCAAACACAGCCUCGUGCUCUGUCCAGAGAUGAAGUUGCCCCCAGAGAAGCACUGAUAGCCACAGCUGUGAAAUUUUUACAGAACCAUAAAGUGCGUCAAAGUCCACUGGAAACCAGAAAAGUUUUCCUGAAGAAAAAAGGUUUGAAUGAUAAGGAGAUUGAGCUUGCCAUCCAGCGCUCGGGCAGUACUGACGAGCCCCUGGCCCUUACCCCUGUGGGACCCCAGUACCCUCUCCUUGCCCCCCAGCUGGCACCUAUACCCUACAGUCCCCGUGGCUACAGAUGGAGAGACUACGGUGCCCUCACUGUCAUCAUGAUGGGCAUGGCCUUUGGCUUCCAUCACCUCUACAAGAAAUACAUCCUUCCCCUCAUUAUGGGCAGCAAAGAGGACAAGAAGCAUCUGCAGAGAAUCGAGAGCAACAUCGCCGAGAUGAGUGGCACGCUGACACAGACAGUGACCCAGCUCCAGCAGACCCUGGCUACAGUACAGGACCUCCUGGUCCAGCAGCAGCAGAAAAUGCAUGACCUGUCCCGGGAGCUAUCUACCUCUGAGGCAUCCUCUUCAACCAACCGCAUCCUGGAUACCCAGACCAUCGGCGAUCUGAAAGCUGAAAUAGGGUCAUUGAAGGGCUUGCUUCUCGGCAGGAGGCAGUUCCCUGCAUCACCAUCCGUCCCAAAGAUUCCCUCCUGGCAGAUGCCCCUGAAGCCGGCCACCAUCUCCACCAGCUCUCCUUCCAUCAACCACACCAACAGCAGCAGCGACAUCUCUCCCGUCAGCAACGAGUCUGCUUCCUCCUCCCCCAUCAAAGAUGGCCGCCACAGCCCCCAAGACGCCCUGGGAGGUCCCGACGGAGCCCACGGCCUCAACGGAGAGAAUGGUGUGGGGCUGGGAGGAGGAGCCACACUGCCCCCCCUGGACCUUAAGGAUCAGGUCCGCAUGGAGGUGCAGGGUGAGGAGGAGAAGAAAGAGGAGGAUGCGAAGGAAGAAGAGGAAGAUGACGUGAGCCAUGUGGAGGAGGAGGAGCAUCUGAGCGUGCCAGCGGAGGAUCGUCGAGGGGGGGACGGACAGAUCAACGAACAGGUGGACAAGCUGAGGAGGCCCGAGGGGGCCAGCAACGAGAGCGAGGUGGAUUAGACCAGACCGUGAGCACAAAGCACAACAAAACCCCUUUUUCCUUAUGGUUCUCAUUUCAUUUGAAGGUCCUGUUUCAGUCUGGUCCCAUUUGACCAUUCUUUCUGUAACUGUACUGUUUUGCCUCUGUUAUAUAGUGAACAAUCUCAAUUAUGAGCGAAGGUUUGAGAAACAUAGCAACAAAAAAAAAUGUUAAUGUUGGUGUGUCUGGCCCUUGUAAGCACCUGGCUUUCAUCAAUUUACUUUUCAUCAUUCAAACAAAACGAUUGCAUGCCUGGGAAAGUAAUGUGAAGUUUCAGCAGGAUGGGGGAGAUAAGAGCAAUAUUCAAUACAAAUUACUAUCAAAAAUGAUUUGCAAUCCUGCUUUCUCUUAUUCCUUGUGUGGCACUUGGUACUGUCAAUUUUCAUGACUGACAAUAAUCACCUGGUGUUGUGAGCUUGGUUUCCAAUGUAUCUGAGCUCAUUUGAAGAAUCAUUUGAGGGUGUGUCCCAAAUGGCACCCUAUUCCCUAUGUAGUAUGUGUUCCAAAUGGCACCCUAUUCCCUAUAUGGAUUGUGGUCCCAAAUGACACCCUAUUCUCUAUGUUUUGGCAAGGGUCUGUAGAACUUUGGUCAAAAGUAAUGCACUAUAUAGGGAAUAGGUUGCCAUUUGGUACUCAGCCUGAGUAACCUGUUCUGGACACCAAAGAAAUUGUAUGCUCCCCUAUAUUCUUCAGUUCUAUGUAAGGAGUCAGACGGCUUGUCCCCCUGUACUCGUCUCAAAGUCACCCCAGAGAUCACUGAAAAUAUUACUGGGACUGCGUCUGAAACAGAAUCCUAUUCCCUAUCCGAUUCACUACUUUUGACCAAUAGUAGGGCACUCCAUAGGGAAUAGGGUGCCAUUUCAGACGCAGCAGCCUGUCAACAGAGCCGAGGGAGAGGACAAGCAGCGUUAGGCUAGGGCAGCGUUAGGCUAGUGCAACGUUUAGGAUCUUUCAUGUGUCCCCUCACAUUGGUGUCAGUCUGUCAAUAAUUCAGAAAGGCCAGGAGGUGGCAUUUGGGCUGAAAUAAAAGCCUUGAAAUUUGAGAUUAGAACACGAUGACGGGUUUUGUUCCAUGAGCGUUCAAGAGUGCUGAAAGGAAGGGAAGAUAAAUGUGUUUUUUUACCUCUUUCUAAAGGGGCUGCCUCGUGCAUUCUGUCACUCUGUAUGUGGUGAGAGAGAUCCCAGCCUGCCUCUUCAGCUGCAUCUCAGUCUCCAGCAGGGCUAGCUGAAUUGGUUUAUGAAGUAUGUUAAUAAUCAAAUGAUCAACAAAUAACAGAUGUAUUAGUUCAUGCAGCUUGAAAUGUCAAGGAGGCUAAAAGCGGAAAUCUAAUCGUGAAAGCCCUGUUGUAUUAUAUUUUAUUUCAUGACAAACCCUCCGGUCCAAAUUAUAUAGGCCUCCUACAGUGAGUAAUCUUUUACGCUAAAACAGCGCCAAUAUUUUGUAAUUAAACCGUAUAAAACAAUGGAUGUCGCCAUGGAUGUUGUGGCAGGUGGGAAUCUAGCUCUGAAGGCAGAGGUGGGGGCGGGAGGGGGAACUGAAAGUAAUGUAUGAAUACUUACAUUAUUAAAUUACUCACUCGCCAGCUGAUGAGAUAGAGAAAAAAGGUCCAUGAGUGAAAAUGAGGGUAUCAGCUCUCUUGUGGUAUUUUGACUUGCAUCAAAGGGCCUUCAAAGUAACACAAUAACGGUAGAGGGAGGUGAACCUUUCUAAGUGGCAGCAGUCAUACUCCGCAAACGCUGUGUCUAUUAGAAUAGAACAGGGUAGUAAAGAAUCUGAAGUUUGAUACUGUCAUGAGAGAUUCUUUUGUUUGCAAUUGUAUUGGACAUGAUCUGACAUUCUGAUCUAUGAAUUUGUCUGCGAAUGAAGACCACUGGCUGAUAAUGUGGGCAGAAUUGCUCAAAUGAGAGGUCCCCAAGUGUCACUCAUGCCUUUUAAACUACUGCAGUUUCACUGACUGGUCCUCUAUGUAUAAAAUGUACCCAGCUUAUAAUUGUGACUGUAUGAGCUUCUGAUAUCAAACAGAAAUGUAUAUUAUUGUAAUAAAUUUGGUUUAUCUCAAGUUA